AAAACUUCAUAUUGCAUCGAUAUCCGACAAGCGCUGACUUGCUGUAACUUGUUGGCUCUUAUUAUUAACCUCUUUUGGUUACUAUUUCAUUUUUUUCUGUUAUUUAAAUGGAGGAGAUUGAACCAAACCCAAUAAUGGAGAGUUGGGAUGCGGUAGUGACGUCAUACCCAGAUAAUCCGGGGCCCAUCGACUACGCGAAAGCUAUCCGAACAGCUAACAUUAUCGUUGCUGAAGAUCUAGCGCCGUUUGAAACAGAAUGGCUGACUAAGACGUUGCUCUUCAAACCUAUACAUCUGUUUGAGACAAUAAAAUCGAAUAAAAAGCGAAAUGAUGAGGCAUGGGUGAAGUACAUCGCGGAUUCUAUAAAACUGUUGUCGAAAUUGAUCGAUACACACUGGGAUGUGCUCGAGAAUUAUAAUCAAGAGCUCGUUGAGCUCUGUUCGCUCUCAUUUGAUACACAAACGCGCAAAGAGGCCAUCCUGUGUCUCCUGAAAGUUGUCAAGCAACCUUCGGUGGCUCUUACUGAUGAAUUUGUCGUAAAUGUAAUUAAUGCGUUUGAAAAAGCUAAGUCCUGUAAAGCUCCACUAGCUGAAUUAGUUGGCGCUUUAUGCAGAUAUUUCCCUGAAAACGUCAGGACAGAAAGCCGCUGCAAAUUAAUUUGGAGAACUUACCUCAACAUGUUCAAUGAUCCGUGGUGUCCCUUUACGAACACGGUCCUAAUAGCUGUACUGAAAGGUACUGACGAUUUGCUGGCGAGUUUUUGGGAAGAUUUAGAUCCAAAUGAACUAAAUCAGUUCUAUGAUCGUGUAAUAUCCAGGCAAGCUAAAUCAUCCAAGGCUGUCGAAGUGAUAAUAUCGCUCUUGGAACAUCACGCUGUAUUAUUUAAAGAGAAGUUGGCAAAAGAUGAAAAAUUACGCAAUUUUUUGUGGCAAGUCGAACAAAAGAACGCGAUGGAAGCACUGAUAAAAAUUUAUCAACAUAUCCUACCUAUAUGCGUAUAUAAAAAGCAGUCUUUCACUGACGUGAAGCCGAUACUAUCACUGCUCACAGUGCUACUGAGUCUUCAGCAGACUGAACAUAGUACUCCGAAGUGGUGCCACUCCAUCGUACCCUCGAUUGUCCACCUCGCCAGGUUCUAUAGGCAGGAGCCCGUGAAGAUGAUCCAGGAGAUGCCUGACGAUGAGAUGCCGUAUGUGGAAAUAUUCAAGGAGGACACAGUUUACAAGACACUGCUCACUCUCAUGUCUACAGACAGACGCGCUAUUUAUGACGGGACUCUCUCCUCGUUUCAGGCCAUAUUUUCUAAAGAGGACAAUGAUUAUAAAGUAUUGAUCAAAAUACUGGCAAAUUUAGAAACGGUUAUUGAAGAAAAUUCUAGCAAUCUGGAUCAACGACAACUGUCCUUGGUAAUAAAUCAGAUAGACAGACUGAAAUAUAAGAUUGUUUUAGAUAACAAGGAUGCGAGAGUAUUUCAGAAAGAUGUCAUCAUGUUCUUGGCAAAAUAUGGCCAAAUGUGUCUGCAAGGAAGUUUCUCUGAAGAUAUGUACACAUUGAAAUUAAAGAAUAAAGUUUAUUUCAAUAUACCUAAUAUCGUGCAAGGUUCUACUUUGAAGAUCGAUAUACAAAGAAUUCUCCAACUAUGUCUGUUACGCGGCGAGACCGACGCCUUGUAUUGUUUGCUGAUUAUAUUAACAGCUCAUUUACACGACCGUCCCGACCCUGAUUUACAAGAAGCCACGAUUCGAUUUAUUCAUGAAAUCUUCAGGAGUAUAUCAGGGAAGAGUGAGACAGACAUAGCCGUGCAUCCCGCUCUGUUUAUGUGUAACACAACUGCCUGUGUUCAGAGUAUUAUAAAGGGUAUCACUGAAGAACUAGACCCAAAAGUACGUAGGAAAUUAUCAGAGCACCUUCAGCUCCUGCUCACCCAAGAUCCUGGCUCGGAGACCACGGGGGAACUCCUCAACGUGGUUGCUGAACAUUCCUCCUUCAUGAUGGCAAGGGAUGAAGCAUCAUUUCAUCUACCAGACUUGGACAUACUAAGAGCCUUCCUACAAUCAAUUGUAGACAACAACGCCUUAAUAACAGAAUAUUUACCAAAAAUACUAAUUUUCACGUCAAAAAUAAACGAUGCGACUGACAUUUUUGAAAACGCAUCAUACAGUUUGAUAGAAAAGAUCGACCUUUUUACACACGAUCAAAUUUUAGAGGUUAUCAAAAAAGUGAUUGAGAAUUAUUCAGUAAAUCUUGUCAAUACAGAAUUGAUUAUAAAUAAUUCUGAAUUGAUAGUAAGCUUCAUAAAACGUGUUUUUGAAAUCAAAGAAUUUGGCGUGAAAAUCAUAAUUGACAUUUUAUUGUCAAUGUUGCAACCGUUAACUGUUAUUUCGCCGCAAUUUUCGCAUCUGGUAACAUUGUUAGUAUAUUUGAAUUUGACGUUUGAAUUCGAUAACGGCCUUCGGAGGAUCAUCGUUGAAUUUGAAGAUUUGAAAAUUUUGGAACAAUUAUUGAAGAUGAAUAAUUUUGAAGAAAACGAAAUGAAUGCUGGUUUUUUGUUCCUAAGAGAAUUCGCCGACGAAUUGUUAGAAGUCAGUAGCGAGAAAACAUACCAGUGCCUUGGUCUUUUAAUCGAAAACGUAACUCCACAGUCUGUAAUAACAUUAAAAAGUAAUAUAACAACAUGUCUGUCCGUAUACCAAUCAAAACAAAAUUCUUUAAGCCCAAUCAACGAAAAUAUUCAAAAUUGGUUCAAAAAAAUUAAUAUCGAAGAAUUGAUAACCCUAAUCGAAAAAUGGUUCAAAAGCGUCAACCCUGACGAAUUGAUUACCGACAUUGAAACGAGGGAAUCAUUCGCAAACGUCACAAAAGAAAUUUCUGAAAAAAUACACGCAUUAAAAAUCAUGUCUGAAUAUUUCAAAUUCGUAUUUGAUGCGAAAAAUUUGACUUUUAUUGCUAUCGAAAAUAUCGACGAAAAAUUGUCGAAAAUUCUCUUGAUCGACUUGCUGAUAGUUUGCGAGAAACAUUUGUCUGACGAAGACUUUUUGUUUGUAUUACAAAAUAAAAUUGAUUUCUUGAAAAAUCAUGUCGGCGUGUUUUUCAAAAGGAUUAUUUCUAAGCCAUAUGUUAUUAAAAAGGAAGAGAGUUUAAUAUUAAUUGAUGUUAUGAAUUAUUUCGCUACUGCGUUCGACAAAGAUUUUUAUCAAGAUGUACUGGACUUUAUUGAUUAUUUAUGGCCCUCGUUUCAAGAAUCAACCGACUUCGAAGGUAAGCUGUCAGUACUUACAAAUGUUCUAAGGUUGCCUGAAACUGUGGACUUGAGUUGUCCACCGGUGGUCUGGGCUUCUACUCUGCUGACUUCUCAACAAACGAGUCUUAAAGAUAAGAUCAAAAUACUUAACGCUUUACCAGCUGGCGAACAGUUCAGCUCCUUAUACCGUGCUUUCGCCACAAAUGUCCCGGUGCGUAUAUCAGAAAUAGAAGGCAAUGAGAAGUAUGUACCAGCGUUCAGAGCUGUGCUCGACUCCCUAGCGAUAAACGGUGACAUGACACUACUUGAUAUCGUCCUCACUUUAGCUAGAGGUGACGAAACGAAAGGUUGGUGGGAUUACGCAUUCAGUGCUUGUAUGAAAUCUUUAGCAGCCAAAGAAGACAUUCGAAUACUUAACGUGGUUUAUAAAAAAGUAGUUGAAGAAUCACCGUCUAUGACUGUUUGUAAUAGAAUUCUUUUACCGUUGCUCGGGCAUACAUCUCGAAAAUUCUUCGAAGAAUAUCUUUGUACGAUUAUCACAGAAUUACUACAGACACUAAAAUCUGACGUCAUUGAAAUAAGUGACUCAAAAUACUGUAAGAAGCGUCUCAUUAAAUAUGCAAUUGUUGUCAACAUAUUGAAGAUUGCUUUCAAUAAUUUAUCAACGGCCUGUUUAGAGAGAGGUGUAAUAAACGAGCGGGCGGGCUCCACAGCCCCGUGGCAUUUCUUGAAGACUACGUGCAAAUAUUGUGUCACUGCCAGUCGCAAGGUUAAGUGCCCGACUGACGCUAGCGAGGAACCCAAGCAGAUUUGUCUUUGGUUGCAAACUACUUUAUACAACUGUCUAAGUACUGCCAUCUGUCGGUGGCAGAUUACCGAAAAAUUGUGCGCUGAACUAUUUAACGUCGACGUGUGGGCAAGAAUAGUGGACAAAGAAGCUGUUCAUCCUUUCUAUUUGAAGUCUUAUGUGAGGUCUAGGGACAGUGUUAGACCAGCGAAACGUGCACUGAACUCGAUGGCCAGUACAUCAUCAUUUACAGGAACUGUCCGCAGCACUAUAUUCCUGACCACGCUCUCCGAGAACCCCUUGCAUUUUGACCUGUUGCCUAAUGAUGAUGAAGAGGAAGAUGAAGACGAAAUAAUUUCAGAAUUUGAAGAUAACGCACUAAAUUCACACGGCUGCUUAUCCACUAUAACGUAUCUGCUUGAACAUGCCAGCAAACUGGAGUAUCACGGAUGGAGAGACGCCAUUGUUGCUGCGCUCUCUGCUGAUCCCAACUUACAUACUAAUGCUAGGUGGAUGAUAGCACAGGCUGUAUGCAAUGCGUCAGAGCACCUCAAAACGCACGCUACCGCCCUCUGUCCAGCGCUGUUCAAACUAGUAGCUGAUACAAGCUUAUCGAGCGCUGACAAUGGAAAACCAGUUCUGAACAAUCUACAUGUUGAAGUUCUAUCAACGAUAAUAAAAUGGGACCUAAAAGAUCUACCUCACACGCCAACCAUGGAUAUAUGCACAGAAUAUCUGAUCAACACAUGCAUGGCAAAUAAAACUAAAUAUUACAUUCAUAAGAGAUUACUAGACAUUUUAAAUGGUCUCCUACAAUUAUAUGGAAAACAUAUUAAAGUAAAAUGGGACAUAUUUGAAGACUAUUUACAUGAGCUACCAAAAUCACUUAUACCAAUCCUACCAAUUUUCGAAAAACUACUAAAAAAUGGCGUGUCCCUCCCGAACCUACUAGGCGCCACUUUCUCCAACUUAAACGCAACGCAUUGGAUAAAUAAUGGUACCAAGUUAUCCGAAGUAUCUGGUUUGGCACUUUCGAAAACAGAUUCGGUGUCCAGAAGCGAAAAUCUGGAUGCAUUCUGGAAAAUUCUCGCUUCUGUGAGAACCAGUAAUGUUGGGAGUUACAUCAAGAUGCUGUUUUAUGCUCAGAAAUCUUGCCCUGAAUGCUGUGAUGCGCAUAAUUUGAGAAUAAUAACAGGUCUAGCGUCGAAAAUAGAAAAGUCGAAAUGUCUAACAAUAAUAUCGACGUAUCUGGAACAUGCAGAAACCGUUGAAAAUUUCAAAGAUAUUAUAGACUUGAUCAAUUUAAAAGAACUCUUGGACAGUGACGUAAGAGUUGAGGCUAUGAAAAUAGCCAGAAAUAGCCUGGAAUACAUGGAUAUAGAUUUGAAAAAAGAAAUUUUAAAAUGUUUAGAACAAAACUGCCGAAGUUCGUCGACCUCUGUGCGGAAGGAGGCGUUCAGAGUAUUUUUGAAAGCUUUCGAAGAUCUCGUCAAACGCGAUCCCGCAACAAACUCAGCUAAACGUAAAGCGCUAGACAGUACUCCAAUACUGGACAUCGUAGACUCUGCUAGCUCCCUAGAUGAAGACAUCGUGAAGAUGGUCUCUGAUGGCAUGUUCGACCGUGACCUGAUGGUGGCCAGGGAGGUCUGUGAGGGAGUGGAGGAGUGCUUGUCCGAUGAUUUGAGUAUGAGAUUCGCUGAACUAUUCUAUAUAAUAGUAUACCAACGUAGUUUGACUGACAACGACUCGCAUUUGUCAAACUACGGCUCAAAGUUGAUCGAGAUGUUAUUCAGUGGGCUAAGAAAAGAGGAAUCCUUCAUGCAAUACAAGUUGAGGGAUGAAGGGUUGCCACAAAGCAUCCUGAAAGCUUUUGAAAGUACUACCACUCAUACUAUGACUGUGAGAACGUCACUUAGAUCCGGUGUUGCAUACAGACACAAAGAAAAUACAGCUCCUGAAAAACGAGAGUUAGACUUGCAAAUGCCUAUUACAGAUAUUUUAGAAGUUCUCAUUAAAGUGUCUAAGAUAAAUUCGCUAAUAUGUCAGGAGUUAUGUGUUCAAAUAAUGAAGUGCUUAGCUCAAACGGGUCGCAGGUUCAAUUUAGACGCGGUUAUAGCGAAGUAUUUGUCUCAUAUCAUAAAGAGGAAACCUAUUUACCCUACUCCUCUAAUUUUAGAUGCUUGCAGAAUAUUUAUAAGGGAUAUCAGCGGGAUUGAAGGGUUUUUAGACUCAGUGAAAUCGUUGAAGCUAGCCGUGUGUAAUAGCGAAGCAUAUUUAUAUACAAACAUACUGUUCGAAGAUCUACUCAUACGGAAUAAUGAUAAAAAUUUAUUCUUAUUUAGUUCUGUAAACGAAGAUUAUGAUGCUACCAUGGAUGAACAAGGAUUUACAAUGGAAGGACUUAUUCAGGCAUUCGGUAGUCUAGCAAACUGGAAUGACCUAAGGCUGCAGGAUAAGAAACGUAUUGAAGAUACCCUCCCAAGGCUUUGGACCAGUAAUGAAGAUUUUACAGUAUCUUUGAGAGACUAUUUUGAAAAUAAUAAGAACAAUUUAGAUCCCGGACUUUGGUUCAACAAAAUGUUAGCCUCAUACUAUCCUGAUGAGAUCAUUCAAAACAAAUGGAGUUGGCUGAAACAUAUUGAGAAAUGGCCGAGAAAAGACUUUGAUACCAGCGCCAUCAUAGAAGCGAUAGAAUGGCAUGAGAAUAACGCCAAAAUGUUUGGCUCUAUCAGUCGCAAUGAUUGCCUGGUGGAAUGGUCAGCUCGACUGAUGAUCAGAUGGUCAUACUACAACCAAGUACAGGACUCAGGCAGUGACUAUCCAGGAACCCUCUCUAAACAAGAACUGCUAUGGUGCAGGGAGGCCAAUGAAAGAGGUCUACCCUCCAUAGCUCUACAGUGCAUCGACAGGAAUAAACAGAAUAACAUACCUCAAGACGAGAUCCUACCCUGGUUCCUAGAAAAGGUGAAGGCGUAUAGGGGUCUAGGUCUUAAACAGAAUGACCUAGGUAUGCUACAGAAGGCGUUAGAUGCUGCAGAGACACACAGUCAAGUAGUCUCCUCGCAUUCUUCAAUGGAAACAAGGAUAAAUAUGCAGAAGGUCAUAUUAGAUCUACAUCAUGAUUUGAAUUCGCUCUCAAAAAUGACUUUAGACGAUGUCUUACAUGAAGUGAGUGCCAAAAUUCAGGACAGUAAUGAUUCGCAAUUGUCAUAUAACAGUGGGUCAGCUUUAAAAUCAAUAUACGACACUGCGCUAACUUAUUACGACGAUAUGUGGACUGACAGUGGUGAAAUAUUCCAAAACGAAUUAAUAUUAGCUAUGACUGGUAUAAUAGAUAAGGUGUUGGAUUAUAAUUUGACCAGAGACUGCAAUCUCUUGUUGGCGACACCAUUUAAUCGACUCGCACACUCUGACGUCACUAUAAGCGAUGUCGCUGCUAAGGCUUUGUUGGAUCAGAUAUACCGAGUUUUCCCGCGCCUAGAUUUUUGCAGUAUUGCCAUACUGAAAAAAAUAAUGUCAGUGUUGCCAGCAACAGUGGUAAAUGAGAAUUAUUUAUCAAGAUUGCAAGAUGUUGAACUAGACACGUGCAAGCAAUAUUUUCAAUUGAUUUGUGAUGUAAAUUAUGCGUUAUCGCAAUUUUGUGAGGAUUUAAGACAAAAUGUUUUCAACGACGAAGAAUUUGAAAUUAUAUUCAAAAAGAUGAAAGAUCAAAUCUUUGAAAAUCAAUUCGGUGGUACUGACUACCAAUCGUUGAGUACUUUGAAAAAUAAACUUUAUGCCUUGGAACAUAUGGAUGAUAUUGAUACAAAAGCACAAGAAUUAAAACUAAUAAGAGAUGAAUUGCUACCGAAAACAUCGAGGACGACAUUAAGGUUAUCCCAAUUGUGUCCGGACUUAUGUUCGCCUCUAAUUCUUGAAAGCAAAAGAUUGCACUUACAAAGACUAUUGCGACUACCCCCCAAUGUACACGUCGUGAAGUUUAUCGAACAAGUAACUCCUUUGGGCGAAGAUUCAGCUAUUUUAGAGUAUUUAGAAGACCAUAUCAGACUACGGGAACUAAUGGAUGUUGAAAGUAAGUAAUCACUUAAUCUCCAA